AUGUCGAAAAGAAAGUAUAACUCUCCAGCGAAUUUGAACGCAGAACUUGAAGCUGUCCGCGGGAAGAUCUCCCUUGAAGAGACAGAAGAGUCGUGGGACAAGAUCGAGCAGGGCAUUGUGCAGCUCACCCAAUGCUGUAAUAACGGCGGAUGCGACUUUACCACGGAAAUGGUUGCUGGUAUACGCUCGCUUUCCAGACCCAUCAACCACGCUAUGAAUUCGGAGCGCAGUAGACUGUCAGGUUCCGCUAUCGAACUUGUGAAUGCUCUUUUAGCCGGUCUGGGGUCCUUAUUUGAGCCUCUCGUCUCACUGUUUAUGCCGACUCUCCUCGGGCUUUGUGGCCGGACCAACAAGGUGUUCACAGGCCGAGCAAAGGCCUGCAUUCUCGCUGCGAUUGAAAAUACUCAAUUGCCUUCCAUUUUGCCGUAUCUUGCAGACUCCUUAACUCAAAAGUCGGCUUCUCUGCGUUUAGUAGCUGCAGAGGGUGUCCUCGCUUGCCUGAAUUGCUUCAAUCCUCCCGAUAUUGAGAGAGAUACGCGUGCCCGACUUAUCGAAGACAUUAUCAAGUUGACUGCAAGGGAUGCCAGCGCAGACGUUAGAAGAGUAGGAAAAUUAAUUUUUGAGGCAUAUAAAGCCCUUUUGCCCGAUCGCGUGGAAAGUUUCAUUACACCGUUAACCCCUGUCAUCAAGAAGUACUUAGAUGUGCAAGGGACAGUUGCUUCGCGUUUGGCUUCACAAGCCCUUCCUCGUGGUCCUGUAGCAACAGGAAGAGUGAUAUCAAGGCCAAUUGGGUCCCUUCAGGCUCAGAAGACGAGUUCUCAUUCUAGAGCUCCAUCCACGCAGUGCGCUACCGCCAGUCGUGUUUUUGGGAAACAUGCAGAGAAAUCAAUACAUCCUCCUAGCUCUGAGCCGCCACAAGACGUACCUGCAGCAAGGCUGCGUGCUGUGUCAAGUCAAGUAACAUCUAGUGCAAAUGUGGGGCCGUCAGUGAGGGAAACGUCUCGCCAAGGUGCACUCCGUCCCCCGUCGGUGGAAACAGGACUGUCUACUACGCAGAGUACAAAUCGACGGAAUCUGCAUCCUCCAGUUCCUACUAUGCAGGGCCCGCAGCGAGUAGGCACUGUGCUCAUGAAGUCACACGAUGAGAAGGCUCGUGUUGGAGGAGGAGCCCGAAGAGUUCUCAUUCCUACAACCUCCUUACCAGAAACUGAUGACACCACGACCACACGCACGAUUUUAAAGACUGGACCUCCUUCAACCAAGCUAACUUCGGUCAACUCACUCACACAGUCCCUCGUUUCGAAACGAGAUCAACGGAAUGACCCAGUACCCGCAAAGGUUCACUCGAUCCCAACUCGCACUGCGUCGUCAGUGGUCACUGCUACCACCAGACCGUCCUCUCGAACGGGACCACGGCUAAUAACAGAGCAUUCGACGACCAAGGGCACAAGUUAUCGGCCUGGCCGGUCGCGGUCACCAACUACGAAUGUCGAGCAACAGCAGACUUCCCGCAAGCGAGUUACUGAACCAGGUCGUUCUCGCCAACAGGCAACAGGUCAGAAAAAGCCGGUGUGGGGAGGACGGUCGUCGGAUAAAGCGACCAAGCCCAUUGUCAAGGGGCUUUUGAUACGUCCCAAGCAGGGCGAGUUGAAGAGUUCUGAUACUAGUAAACCCGCACCAGAACACGUGCCAUUGCCUCCCAGUCCCACUGUAUGUCCUACUGCAGUGCCUCUGCCAUCGUCCCCACCCUGUAGUCCUCGUCAGUCAUCUCAGCUCGAGCCAUCAGCGUCAGCAAGGCUAUCCGUGCAAGUCACUACCGACGAUACGCAUGUCAUAGGAAGUGUUCUUCCUCCCUCCACCUCCAUUGAAGCUACGCCUUCGCGCAACGUAGACUUUCAAGAGUCCCCAUCCAAAACACCCAUAACAGCUCUCCUUUCAUCCAUUCAACGCGGAUUCUUAUUUACACCCUCAUCGCCGCUCUCACCUCCCCAAGCUUAUGUUGCUGAAAUCAUUGCUCCUACAUACCGCCCAAAUAGCCCAACAACUCACAAGGACACAGCCUGUGUCGGUGUCAUUUCGGACAGUGCGGCACGACAGGCAUUGGAAGUUAUGGAUGUCAACUAG